AUGAACGCGCCGGCGGGUCCGCGUGCACGCUCUGUACACGCGCCCCUGCGCGCUGCGAUCUAUGCAGCGACAUAUGUCGCACGACAUCCCAUUGAGGCGAUCGUAGCGGCCUUCAUGAUUACUACUCUGGCGUACUUCGUCUUGGUGCAAGCCAUUACACACUCCACGGUGUUCUCCAACCUGAGCGACGUCGCCUCCCUCUCUGUGCUUUCGAUGCAUGCGGAACACUCGCGUCUGCCUGUGUUCUUGUUGGAUGAAGAGAAUACGUGGAGGUCCGCGCAGGGCACGUUCGAGCAGCAUGGCCAUAUUGACCUCGCCGACUGGCUCCUUGUGACCGACUUGGCUGGCGGGAGCGAGACGGAGCAACAGGUCCGCCGCUCGUACGUGCUGCGUAGCAUCGUCGAGCAGCUUCAAGAGGCAGGGGGAGCCAACUGUGCAUGGCCUUCGGCCCGCGAGGUCGACGCCAACAACACGAUGAGCGACGCUGUCGUGUGCUUUGAGAAGGACCACUACGAUGCGGCGGCCAUUCACGAGCUGCUUCACCAAAAAUUCCUUGACGCAGUUAUUGGCAAGGCUCUAGACACGCUUCCGGCGUCCAUUGAUAAUGCCUUGCUUGCGCGCUGGCGUCAAGGCGAUCUUCGCUUGUACGCCCUCACGCCUCAAAGUCAAUGGUUUACCAACGAUGGCGAAGACAUGUACUCGCUGCAGUGGCUAGGCUCGUUCCUGCUAAGUGCCGUUACGCGUGCAUGGCUCGUGAUUCGCAGUGCGGAUGCUCUGGACUUUACCGUGCUUCUCUGUGCCUACUUGAUGAUGCAUGGCUCGUUCGUGCAUUUGUACGUGUCCAUGCGUCCGUUCCCGAAACGAUUCUGGCUAGGCUCCUGUGUCCUGCUUUCGUGCGGAUUUGCUUUUCUUCUGGCUCUGGUCACAGCGAAUGCCGUUCACAUCCCUGUGGACCCCAUUGUGAUCUCAGAGGGCUUGCCGUUCCUUGUGAUCACAGUCGGGUUUGAAAAGCCAUUCCUGCUGACCAAGGCCUUCUUCAAGUAUGCAUCGCAGGAAGAAGAUAUUAGCGAUAAGAGCCUGCAUCGCUCGUCGCCUGAAGCUGAUUUCGUCCGUGCGCUUACGCAGCGUGUGCAGGAGGAACAGGCACUGGGUCUCAUGUCGAAGUCCAUGUCGCCUAUGAACCAGGUCACCGACAGGGCUGUACUGGAGGCGGGUCCUGGCCUUUUGCGUGCGUACGCGAUUGAGAUCAGUAUCUUGAUUGCGGGCGUUAUGAGUGGCAUUCAUGGACUACGUGAAUUCUGCUUCUUGGCUGCCUUGACGUUGGUGUACGACUGCCUGCUGCUCUUCACAUUUUUCGUGGCAGUCCUAUGUGUGACAGUGGAGGUACAGCGUCUGCGUGAGCCGCUUGGUACUCCACGAACCUUCCUGCCUGACCCGGCUAACGACAAUGCUGAGGCACCUGCCGAGCCCAAGCUGCUUCAUCCCAAAACGACACGGGAGCCCAAGUCGCUGUACAAGCGCAUUAUCGGCCCCGUGAACCACCCAAUAUCACGCCUGAAGCUGCUUCUGCUCUUGACGCUCGUCACACUGCAUGUCCUCAAUCUCCUCACGACCCUGUCGCUGCCUACUACCAUUGCACGGCACCAAACGGGCCGUACGCCCACUUUGUACGAAGAGUCAAUCUCUUCGUCCCAUGUGUUUAAUGCUACGCUCUCACACUCUGCCGUGUCGGCCUUCCUGAAGACCUACGCUCAACAGGGUGCAGCCGCUAGCUCAAGUGUGAUGUUCACGAUGCCCAAUGUGCUCAUCCUCUUGGACUCUCGUAUUCCCACGGAAAACCCCUUGGCUGCCGCAGCGAUGCAGGCUUCGUUGUCGUCGAAAGACUCUGGCAGCACUAUGUCUGCCAUUGAGAGCUUCAUGGCCAUGUGGACAUCAGUGGCAAGCGAUCCGGUGAUUGGUAAAUGGUUGUCCAUUGCGCUGGUGAUUAGCGUGUUUUUGAACACGUUCCUGCUCAAGGGCAUCGCAACGCGCAACCCUGCGGUGAUUGAAGGCAACGCUGUGCGUGUUACGGCGCAGGCUGCUGCGCGUUUGAUUGGUGCGCACCUUGUAGAAGACUGGCACAAGACGCCCAAGUCUGAUACCACGGAGGCAAAUACGCCGACCAUCAGCGUGUCCGCUCCACCGAAGGAGCCUGCUAAACCUACGUUGCCGCCGCCCCCUGCGUCGGAUCCUCCGCGUCCCUACAAUGAAGUUUUGUCCAUCUUCCGUAAGGAUGGUACUGGUUUUCUGAACGACGAAGAAGUCAUUCUGCUCGUGCAAAAGGGCAUGAUUGCUACGUAUGCGCUGGAAAAGACCUUGGGUGACUUUGAACGUGCUGUGGUUGUGCGUCGUGCAGUCCUUUCGCGUGCCUCCGAACUGCACACCCUCGAGCGCAGCUUGUUGCCGUACAAGGACUACAACUAUAAUGCCGUGUUUGGCGCGUGCUGCGAGAAUGUGGUGGGCUUCAUGCCGCUGCCCCUGGGUAUUGCUGGCCCGCUGAAGAUUGAUGGCCACAUGACGCCCAUUCCUAUGGCCACGACCGAAGGCACCUUGGUCGCCUCAACGAGCCGUGGAUGCAAAGCCCUCAACGCCAGUGGCGGUGUUACCACGGUGCUCACACAGGACGCGAUGACACGGGGUCCUGUGAUUGAAUUUCCCUCGCUGACGAGUGCUGCGCGUGCGAAGCGCUGGAUCGAUUCGACGUCGGGUGCCGAGGCCAUCAAAGCGGCGUUUGACAGCACGUCGCGCUUUGCGCGGUUGGCCUCGCUUCAUACUGUGCUGGCGGGUCGCACGUUGUUUGUGCGGUUUGCUACAUCCACGGGUGAUGCUAUGGGUAUGAACAUGAUUUCCAAGGGUGUGGAAGCGGCUUUGGGUAUGAUGAAAGAAAAGCAUUUCCCGGAAAUGGAGCUCUUGUCCCUCUCCGGCAAUUACUGCACCGACAAGAAGCCUGCGGCUAUCAAUUGGAUCGAAGGCCGCGGUAAGAGUGUGGUGGCUGAAGCUGUGAUUCGGGGCGACGUGGUGCGUACCGUACUUAAAUGCACGGUUGCCGACUUGGUUCGUCUCAACACGAAGAAAAACCUGGUGGGCAGUGCGAUGGCAGGCUCGAUCGGUGGCUUUAACGCCCACGCGGCGAACAUCCUCACGGCUAUUUACAUCGCGACUGGUCAGGAUCCGGCGCAGAACGUGGAAAGCAGCAACUGUAUGACGCUCAUGGAGGCGGUUAACGAUGGCCAAGACCUACUUGUCUCGGUCAGCAUGCCCUCGGUGGAAGUUGGCACCGUCGGCGGUGGAACAGGCUUGCCUCCGCAGCGUGCCAUGCUGGAGCUGUUGGGCGUCCAGGGACCGCACAAGGAUACACCCGGUGCGAAUGCCCAGCGCCUGGCACGUAUCAUUGCUGCCUCGGUGAUGGCCGGCGAGCUGAGUCUGAUGGGAGCGUUAUCGGCGGGUCACCUGAUCAAGGCGCACAUGGCCCACAACCGUAGUGCGCCUGUGACGCCCAGUACACGUUCGCCUGUGAACCGAGAUGUGCAAUACCUCCCUACCAUGACACCUCUCAUCGCAACGCCCAUCGCAGACUCCAAGCCUGGAAGCCCCUCUUCUGACGUCGCUACCCCGAAGGAACGCACUACAUCCUCCUCGAUGUCUACAUAG